GCUCAGCCUCGAGAGCGGGCUCGUUCUCCCAAGUCAUGUGAGACUCGUAGUGAUCCGCCUCCACCUUGUCGGCGGUGGAGCUGGACUCCUUGAGAAUCUUCUGCCACUCGGCCGUCUCUUGCGGGGUACGAGGACCCUCGGUCGAGCUGGUCAGGCUCUCACCAUCCCAUUCUUCACCGCGAGCGUUGUCACUGCCGUCGGGUUGCUGUGAGCCAACGUAUGCGAAUGUGCCGUCAGAGCGCUGGAGUUGGGCGAAUCGCUCGGGCUCUGCGCCAACGGUCUUCUUCACGCGCUCCAACCACUGCUCGAAACCGGGGGGCUUCUGCGACUCAACGAUCUGGAGACGGUGGCGAGUCAGGGCCUCGACGGACUGACGGUAGGCAGAGGACUCCGGGAAGUUGGAGAGCUUCUGGAGAGUGGUGGUGUAAAGGUAGAUCAGAGUGGGACGGGGGCUCGGGUGGGUGGUGAGGCCAGUCAAUCCGGUGGGAGCAAAGGGCUCCAGAUACCGGGGCUUGACAUUGGCCAAAAGCCGAAGUGUAGACCGCAUUAUGGCGUAGGGUAGACGGGGAAUUGAUGUUGGCAGCGCAAGAUAGGCCCAGGGUGAUGAUGAUGGAAAGGGAAGUCGAAGUCGGCCCGGAGCGGAUAAACUUGAGAUCCCUUCCUCCAUGGCCAGGCCUAGCAGGGGGAGCCACCUUUUCCUCCCUAAUCUACACACACGCGCGCAAACUUCUUACUUUUUCUGGACGCUGUGUUGUCUAAUCUUGUUAUUCUCAGGGCUCGGGGAUUGGUCGUCCUUCCCUGCUGCUUCAUUUUCUUUUUUGGCUGGUUGACCAGCGUUCAACUUACGCCAGUUUUCGCCCCCCGUCCGAUGUGCCACCUGUGACAUUCCCGCGAUCCUCCCUUUUUCGACCAACGUCCCUCGUUUUCAACUCUUCUCCAGAGCCUCCGCCGGGGCUCACCUAUACUCUCUCUUUGUUUUGUUUUUGGAGGUUUAGACCUCUUUUUCUUCGGUCACAAUGAAGGUUUCCUGGUUAGGGUGGUCCCUCCUAUCACUGGUGACCGUGCCUACAUUAGCCGCGCCCUCGGAGUCGGAGACAAAGGUUGGCAAUCGACUGGAAAAACGGCGGAAUAACCGUGGUAUCGAUGCCGAGGAACCCUCAAUCUUUAAUGGACUCGACGUCCCACCGUUGCUCCAGUUGACGCCCGACAACUACGAGGAGUAUCUCAAGGAUGGAACUUGGCUCGUGAAGCACUACUCACCAGCAUGCGCGCACUGCAGAAAGGCAGCGCCUGCCUAUCAGACCACUUAUGAGUACUAUUAUACUUCUAAUCCCCUUUCUCCAUCAUCCGCCAAAUCCCCCGACCCGAAGUCUCUCAACGGUUUCACCAAAUACUACAACUUCCAUUUCGCCUCCAUGAACUGUCUGGCCCACGGAGACUUGUGCGAGAAACUUGGUAUCGGCGCCUACCCCAUCUUUGCAUUCUACGAGGACGGUGUCCAAAAGGACAAACAUGUUGGCGCCAAAUCGGUCGCGGACCUGAGUAAGCUUAUCGAGGAGAAGCUUGAGGCGAUCAAGCCUGGUUCUCGUCCCCCGCAGGGCAUCAAACUGCCCGAGGUCGGCGCACCUGGCGUCGACUCAUCUGCCGAACCCGAUUCUGCCGUUGCCAAAGACAAGGAUCCUAAGGCUGGCGCUCUGGCCGGCGAGAAGCACAACGAUCUGGUUGCUCAGAAGUCGACGGACGCGGCUGAGGCAACGGAGAGUGGCAAGCCCGGUAGCACUAUCACUGUCAAGACGAAGCACAAUGGGCCUCCCCCUAACCCGCAAGGUCUUUCCGUUCCACUUACUGCUGAGAGUUUCCAGAAGCUUGUGACUACGACUCGGGAUCCGUGGUUUAUCAAGUUCUACGCUCCCUGGUGUGGACACUGUCAAGCCAUGGCUCCUAACUGGAAGGAGAUGGCAAAGGAGAUGAAGGACACUUUGAACAUCGGUGAGGUGAACUGUGAAGUCGAGACUCGUCUGUGUGCGGACGCUCGAGUCAACGCUUACCCCACUAUCUACUUCUUCCGUGGCGGUCAGAGAGUUGAGUACACUGGUCUUCGUGGCCUGGGUGACCUCCUCUCCUACACAAGGAAGGCUAUCGGUACCGGUUCUGAGAUUGAAGACGUCGAUGCGGCCACUUUCAAGGAGCUGGAAGAGACCGAGGAGGUUCUAUUCUUGUACUUCUAUGACAUUGCGACCACAUCGGAGGACUUCCGUGCCAUGGAGCGCCUGACUCUCAGCCUCGUGGGCCACGCUCGCAUUGUCAAGACUAACAGCGGUGCUCUCGCGGAGCGAUUUAAGAUCUCUACUUGGCCCCGUCUUCUGGUCGUCCGUGAUGGCCGACCCAACUACUACAAUGCUCUUGCUCCCAAAGAUAUGCGCGACUUCCGCCAGAUGCUGUCCUGGAUGCAGACUGUCUGGCUGCCCAUCGUUCCCGAGCUCACAGCUUCCAACGCUCGAGAGAUCAUGGAUGGCAAGUUCGUCGUGCUUGGUAUUCUCAGCCGCCGCCGCUCCGACGACUUCAAGCAAUCCAAGCGAGAAUUGAAGGAAGCUGCUUUCGAGUGGAUGGAUAAGCAGAUUCAACUCUUCCGACUUGAGCGCUCGGAACUUCGUGAUGCUAAGCAGCUCCGUAUCGAGGAAGCCGAUGACCGCAAUGAUCAGCGCGCGCUGCGGGCUGCGAAGAAUAUGCGCAUCACCAUCCGUGAGGAUGAGAAGAAGCCUGUCGCAUUUGCCUGGGUGGAUGGCGACUUCUGGGAGCGUUGGCUGCGUACCACCUACGGUAUUGAUGUGGAACAAGGUGAUCGUGUGAUCAUCAACGACGAAGAUAACCGUCGUUACUGGGAUACUGCUUCUAGCGGAGCUUCUAUCAUGGCCUCGCGUACCUCCAUCCUCGAAACCAUUCCUCUGGUCAUCGCAUCCCCGCCAAAAUUGUCUCCCAAGUCCACUAUCGGCACCGUGGAGACUUUCUUCUUUUUCACCCGCUCUUUCCUCAGCAGCCACCCCAUUCUCUUCUUCAUCUUCCUGGGUAUCACCGUGGCCAUUGUCACUAUCAUCGGGCGUGGACGUCUCAUGCGUCGUGUCACCCGUGGAGGUAUCAUUGGCAAUGCCAAUGGCAGUGGUGGCUUCUUCCACCUGGACGGCAAGGAAGGGUUCCUGAACGGAGGCUCGACCGGCAAGGUCGAUUAAUGAGACGCAUGUAUAGUUCUGGUGUUUGGAUACGUGAUACUAAUUUCUUCACCUGUAUUUGAUUGAUUCCAGGCUGCGUUUUUCUUUUCCUGUGGUUUUUGUUUCCUCCUCCAUACGGUUCUCCCAUGAAUCUUUUGCAUGUCAACUUGGGGUGUUGAAGCACAUAUUUCUUAGUCUUGUUCUAUUCCUUUCCAGCUUGAAUCCACGAAAUUCUAGAAGAUGAU